AUGUCAUCGUUUGGCGAGCUCAUAGCCGCCAUACAGUCCGUUGGAAGCGUCAAAGACAAACGGCAAGCGAUACGCUCACUAGCUGCACAGUGUGGCAAUCGGGUGAAUGUGGUGAAGAUACUGCGAGCGAACGGUUGGUCCAAGGCUAUACAGCCGUUAUUGUUUUCGCUAGACCGGGAGGCUCAGGUCUACGCGGCCCUUGCUGCUGCCAAUUUGACCUCUUUCGAUAUCACUCACAGUAUUCUGUGUGAACAAUGCGCCAUACCAGAUCUGUUGCAAGUAGCACAUGAUUCGGAUGAACCCGAUCUCGUCGUGUAUGGCCUGCAAGCUCUUGGUAACCUCGCUGGCUCCUCUUCGACCCACUCUGCCAUGACGAAAUACAAAAUAAAAGUCGCGACACUCUUUGCUCUGUCCAACCUCAGCGGAUGUCCAUUGCAUAGAGAGAUGAUGAUGACCGAACUUGGAGUUCAUGAGGCUGUGUGGAAAGACUUGUUCGAUCCAUCGCGGAGAGUGAUGGCUCAAGCUUUGGAGGUUAUACGCGGCUUGUCGGUCCAUAAGAAGGCUCAAGAGAUCUUCCCGACGAUGGGCAUCCUCCCUUACUUGGCGAGUAUACUUCGAACCAAGGUCCACAAGGAGGUCCAUAAUGAUGCCGUCAGUGAAGAUCUAAGGCAUGCUGCUUUGGACACCCUUGUUCACGUGAGCUUCAACGAAGUAUCGGCCAGGAUGAUCCUCAACUCCACAGAAUGUGUUGAGGUUGUGUCCAAACUGGCUCAGCUAGAUGGAGAGGACCAGGUCAUCGGAGGCUUUGAUUACGAUGGUAACCUUCGCUAUGUCGAACAGGCAUUAUGUAUAAUAGCGAACCAAUUGAGCGACCCGUCGACCCAUGCUGAUAUCAUGGAGGGUAGAGGUAGAGCACUCUACGAUGGUCUCCGUCACAACGUAGACUCGGCCAUAACUUCGGUGAUAGAGCAUGUCAUCAGAGCCUACAUGCAUCUCAGCAUGAAUACUAGAUACCACGAACGGAUACUCGAGACUGGUCUUAUCUGUGGAGUGGUGAUGGUGGCAAUGCAUGAGCAGCUACCCUUAUCUAUGAGAGUCUGCGCCAUACAGCUAAUGGCUUCCCUCUCAGCUACGAGCCCUAUGGCCCCUAGUGGAGACUCUGUUCAGGCAGCAUGUGCAUUGGUGGUAUCUGGAGACGCUAAAGAUGUGGUGAGACCCGGCCAGAGAUGUAUCGAUGAUAUGAUGAUAACUUCCCACUUGAGUCAUCCUCCUCAUCUCUCAGCCACAGUUGAACAGAGCCUCUAUCGGCAGCUGAGACGGUAUGCUGCAAUGACUGUAGCGAACUGUGCUGCUGCAAAGGAAAACAUAGAUCACAUCCUUGGUGGACAUCGAGAUGAUGCACCUUAUAUCAAGGCCAUGCUAUACAAGCUCUCGACAACAGACGAUGCUGUAGUGAUGUCCCACAUAAUAGGAUGUUUCCACAACUUGGUCAAUAAUAGCCCAGCACGAUGUGGGCGGAUACUACUCGACGCUGGUUUGCUGAACACGAUCUUUCUCAACCCCACUAACAUAUCUCAUGAGAAAUCACGACGAUCUGACUCAGUACUGGACGUGGGUGGUGAAAGCGAAGGCCUCCACAAACAUCUGGGGUAUGGUAAGAUGCCGGUAGACGAAGCUCGAGAGGAGCACACAGAGAAGCUGAUGGAAAACGAUGGUGAUGUUGGACUAUCGCUGGGAGAGAGAAAGUCGAUACCACUGCUGCUUUUACAAGUUAUGAAUAUAGAGAGCUGUAUAUACCUUUGCGACAUGCUCAUCGCUAUGAUCAACUCGGAGGAGUAUUGCAAAGUUAGGAUUAUGAAGACCAAGAAAGAUAAUCCUCUGAUCUUCCAAAAGAUUCUCACGCACUGGGAAGAAAGUCAGCUGAAGGACCGCAGACUGGCACCACACGUGGCCCUUUUGUGUUCGACUGUUGCCUUCGAAGCGGACUGCCAACAUGAAUUCCUAUUGCAGGGAGGGGAAGAAGAGGUCCGCAUGUCCGCCGCCUCCCUUCGUGGUGUGGUGAUGGCAGAUGGACUGCGACUUCUACUGACAGCUUGCGAGAACGAGACGCAUGUCGAGAUAGUAACUAACGCCUUGAAGGCUCUCAUCCCCUUCGCCGAAUCAGAGAUAUAUCGGCCCGUCAUAGGAGGGCCGUCCCUGAGAGGUAUGGAAAUCAUCAGCAGCUAUCUCUAUUCGGACAACCUUGAAUUGAAGCAGACAGCCAUCUUCCUCCUGCAGCACCUUCUCACGAGUCAGGCAAACCGACGCUCUUUUUUCAAUCUGCAUCGUGAUAGGGAGAAAAGAGGAGCUUGCGACAUUAUGGUUAUCCCAGAGGAAGACGAUCUAGAAGGCCUUGUGAACUGUCUGCCGAUAGUUCGCCUUGGAAUCCCCAAGAACGUGGUACUGAAGCCAGGAGUCGCUAGUGGGAGCAGCUCUAUGGAUCUUUCGGCUCUCGGUGACAUCUUUGCUGGAGGCCUAUAUGACCCUUUCGUGCUGAAGUGCGCGACGAGGGCGCUGGCUCUGCUCGCCGGGGAGAAGGACAUCAGUGCGCUGAGUAGAAUUAUCGACCAUAAGAUCCCUGUGCUUGCGCACAACAUAUUCUACUCGGGCCAGAUAGAUGAGGAGACUGCUGAGGGUAUCGUGGUGUUCACUGCUGAGAUGUGCCAGACCAACGAUAGCAUUCUGGAUUCCAUGGUCAAGUCGAUGAACGGACGAGCACUUGUCAAGGUUCUGCUCACGUACCACUCCCUGGACUUCUCUCCAGCCACAAGAUUGGCGUGCUUGGGCGCGAUAAAUGUCCUUGCCCGUCACGCCGCGAAGGUUCAAUUCCUAGCUUGGCUAUUCCAAGUCCCGCCUGGGAAAAUGUUGAAUGCAUUCUAUAUGGGCACUACUGGACUGAAAACUAUUCAGCGCAUUCUCAAGGCUGGCGUCUCCCUGGACGACUUGGACACGCCCAGCAUCGUGCCUUGGAGUGAAUUCGACCCAACCGUCCAUCCUCAUGUUGUCAUAUGUCGCCACAUCCUCCGCAUUUUAUGUAUAUGCGGCUUGUCCCACUUGGAGUGCCUCAUCUCAGCCCUCCCUAUGAGAGUACUUAUGGCAAUAUGUCAGACAAGCUUGGGAGCUAGUGAUGCUAUGAUGAAGUAUCUUGGCGUAUCUUUGGUAUCUAUAGUGUGCGAAAAUCACUCAGUGGCUCUGGAGUUUGCGAAGGUGCCCUUCAUAAUAAAUGUGGUGAUCGACAGAUUGCGAACAAAAUUGGCCGAGGCUGGGUUCUCAACGAGGAUCUUGCUCAAGGCCAGCGCGGAUCGAGAUCGUACCUCAGAAGUGGGUCCGAACGCUCGGACUGGCGGCGCCAGCUGGAGCACGCAGACUAUGAACUUGUAUGGCUUCGUCUCGGCUCUGCUGUGUAUCAUAAGAAUGGGGGCAAUGGUGAUGGAGGUCUAUGGUACAGAGGGGAAUAGGGAAUUGCUGGCCCGACAGCUGAGGCGAGGAGGGAAAGGAGGAGGUGUUCUCGGCAGGCGUGGGUGUCAAGGAAAGAAUGAGGAGGACGACGAGGAUACGAAGAAUAUGUUGGUCACCACAAGCAAUCUUAACUUCCUUAUCACCCUCCCAGCGGCUAUCCUCGGCUUUAUUGACAUCCACGCCUUGACGAUAUUACUGCACAGAUCUUCAGGGAGGAACUUGCCGAAGGCCCAUCAGGGGAAGGAAGACUACCAACGCUUGUCGGUGAGGGAGGAAGUAGGGGAAGGGGCUUUUAAUCCACUUGAUGGGAUCCACGAGACUGUGGUUGAAUUGGGGUAUCAUUUGGUCCGUAGUAGCCUGACAGGAAAGAUCGACGCUGAUGACCCUAGUGUUGUACCUCUCGAGCUACGGAGUAAAUUCGAUUCGAUAGAUGCUCUACGCGCUAUGACUGAGAGGAUGCUAUCCCUGAUUGUAACUUUCGGUCGGCAUACAACUGACGCUGUCUUGAGGGUCACUUGUUCAGUCUUGGAUACUCUCAUCCAGCUCACUUACGUCUGUCCCACGGCCCUGUCCCUGCAAGGUGUUGGCAAAGUACUGGAGAUGCUACCAUACUGUACGCUGCCACUCAAGCAGAGAGUAUGUGUACUCCUAGCAAACGUUCUGUCGAGAGAGGUGGUCAACGACGACGGUGACGACAGAACAAAGAUCGAAAGCGCUCUUGCUUCUACUGGGGACUUCCUACAACGCCUUCUCUUCGACACGAAUGAUGCCGAGCUCAGACGUUACCUCACUGGGGUCUUGGCCAACCUAGUGGCCGUGCCAGAAUGUGUGGGGACAACGCUGAGGGGGAGCGCGGUGCUUCGUAUGUGUGCGAAAAGGAUAACCUGGGAGCACUACGUGUCGAAUUUUGCAUUGCAUUUGGAGUUGGCUAGGUUGUUGAAUAACGUGUCUGGCAACAACCCUAGGGCCUUGAAUGACCCUCUUGUUGUUCGAUACAUCAACGCGGCUCUGAAGCACAGCUAUCGGCUGGUGAGUAAGGUGGUUGUGCCAGUGAAGGAAGAUGCUGAUGAGGAGAAAGGGAAAAUGGCGGGAACACCCGAAAGGUUCACUUUGACGUUUACGCAAGUUGACAUUCCGCGGAUUGGAUUGAAGAUGAGCUGGCAGGAACCUCAUCCGGUGGUCAAGCAUGUCUUCCCUGGAGGGCAGGCGGAGCGUAAGGGAGAGGUACGAGAAGGCGAUCUUCUCAUGGCUAUCAACGGUGACACCGCCGUGGUGACACAGGACUACUUGAGCUGCAUAGAGCCGCUCUUGAAGCUGAGGCCACUCAAGCUUACUUUCUGUCAUCCGUUUGAGCAAGGAGAGGAGGCGGGCAGGAGGACUACUGCUAUGGAACCGACCGGAGGAGUCUCCCGAGCAGAAGUGGCAUCGGCUGCAGAGGAGCGGGAACAACUUGAGUGUUUCCAGCUGCUCUUCAAUACACUAUACGCUUUAUCGGCCGACCGAGGAGUACAGGAAACCAUACUGGCUGAGAAAAGUACCCGGGAAGGCACAAUUGUGGAGUGGAUUGUCUCUACCUUCGUCGCCACUGACGGACUGGGUCGUGGAAUGCGAGAUGCCCAAAGCAUUGAGAAACUGCAUAGUGUUGCGAACAGGAGAACGGCCUAUGCUAUCAUCGCCAAUAUGUGCAAGUCUCACGGGAUCAGCCAGAAACUGUCCGCUGCCUUAGUGAAGAAUAUCAAGAUGGAUGUGGACUUCAGAGUCACCUCUUCUGAGCUGGCCAGUGAGGAGGAGCUGGGGGAGGUGUUGGCCCAUAAGGACAUGCAGAUGCUGGCGCUGUAUGCAUCUACGCUUUCCUAUUGUGAUACUGUGGAGGCUGAAGUGGAUGUUGACAGCGAAGCAUUGGAGAGCACAAUACGACUCGCUAGAGAGCAGCUUGAGGAAGCUAAAGGCCAGGCAACGAUAGCACCGAUUGGUACGGCCGACGAGUAUGUUGACGAUCAUAGGGCAUUGGUCAUGAGCAUCGUAAUGGAAGUUCUUUACAAGAUCUCCAAGAGCCCACGAGACGACAUCCGAAAACAGCUCUACUCCAGACUGGUGUUCAUCACCUUGCAGGAGUGCAUUACCCUCAGCGCUCGCCCUGAUAUACAAUUGAGAGCCUAUGAGGUUCUCUACCAUAUGGCCAUCACUCGAAUACACGACCUUGCCCUUUGGGAGCAGUUCGACCUGCUUCGGCACGCAGUUAAGGUGGCACGUCUAUCAGCUGGUCGUGGUGGCCGUGAGCAGCAUUCAGAGCGAUUAUGGAUACUGCUAUUGGGGGCUUGUCUAGCCCUGAUAUCGGGCGAGCUGAGCGCUACUUUCAUGGAGGCACUGGGGAGCUCUGAGCAUCUACACUCUUACCUCAAGCAUCAUUAUGAUCGGCUACAGACGGCCGAGGGGACAGCGGAUGAGUCCCCGACUCACCAGGAGCUGUGCACUAUGGUAGGCGUAUUCGUGCAGCAGUUCUUCAUGCGCUGUAACAUGGCAAAGGCUUCGAAGUUAUGGGCGCAAUGGAGAUCCUCGGGGCUGGUUGAUCUCUUCCGGCGUGACAUCGAAGGAUAUGUUAAGCGGAAGACCACAGAAAACGACGCCGCUUUCGACUCGGUUUGUUGGUUGCUUGUCCUCGGCUUGGACCGUUGCUUCAUGGCAGCUACUGAGUGCACGGAUUCUGGGAAAUUCAUAGAAGCCUUGGGCCGCCGGGUCGAACACUUGGUGGAUUUCCUGGCACCACCUUUGCAUCUGGACAAUGAGGCAUCGAAGGACCUCUGGCGACCUCCUUGUGACGAGGAAGCGGUUGAUAGGGCCUCCAUGGCAUACAAGCUGCUACUUACGAUGGUGUUGACGCUGAGUAGUCGACGAGCUGACGAAGGAGAGUCCGAGAAAAGGCUGCUGCCUCUAGGCGUGCUGGGCGGAGUACUCCUGCGGUGUGCUCUGGCUCGAGAUGAGCGCAUAGCUGACUUGGCUUCUGUGGCGGUGAUGGAGUUGUCGCGAGAGGCCGGCAACACCGAAUCCAUUUCGGACCACAGUCUAACGGGCAUCAUGAUUUCGAAGCUACAUGACCAAUCCAUGGAGAUUUUGAAAUGGACGGAUACCAAGUGCAUAAGUGUCGCUACGGCGAUCUCGAGACUGUGUGAGAGGGCUCCUGGGAAGAUGCUCCGUUAUAGAGAGCAGUUACUGAGGGCUCUCUCGCUGGAACCUGGCAACAUCCAUGAGGACUUUCAAUGGAGUCUUCAUCGUGCUGUGGCCUGCCUUGCUCAAUUCUCGGGGCAGCGCAUUGGUGACACUAUGGCAGCCGAAGGUUUUGGUGAGAAGCAGUUUGAGUAUCUCCUGAGCUGCGCUGACUGGCGACUUCCGUCUUCUGUGAUGGCGAUGCCCGGGGAGGGUAUCAGGGAUGAUGUCCGCUACUACUGUCAAGUUAUACUAGUCCAAGCGUGUACUCAUUCUGAGUACUUUUGUGAGAAUAGAAAAUACUAUUUCGACUACAAUCAUGUUGGGAAGGAGCAGUGCACGGUAUUGAACGUGAAUCGGUUGUUGACCGCCCUUCAUGUGUGGAACUGUGUCGGUAUGAGGACGAAGGGCUGUGAGGAAGCAUUGGCGAGCUUUAUCGAGCUAUUGGUCACGGACGAGCGAGUUGAUUACUCAGAUAAGCGGCUCAAGCUGCUGCUUGCACCGCUGCUGAGGAGCAUUGCUGAUGCCAAUGAUGACUCUGACUGGAUAGUCAGGGUCGUUAGAACCCCUCCGUUCUACCGCCUGUUGAGCAAUUUUGUUGGCGAUGAGAUCGCAGCCAAACCCGAGGAGGCUAACGACGUUGCAGUCGCGGAUCAGGCGAUGUAUGCCUGUGUUCGCUAUGUGACUCUAUCGGUACAGCAACAGGGGGGAGAUGCGACAGUAGCAGCAGCACCGUGGACAGCCGCAAGUCAGCCUAUGAAUGAGCUGCAUCAAAAGAUAUGCCGGUGGAUUCCUAUAGGAGCUGCUGUGCAAUCAUCAACUGUGAGGUUCAGAGCAGUGCAGUAUCUAGGGGCCCUUGCUGCUUUCGAAGAGAUGUGCAAAAGAUGGUAUGUUGAGACGGAGCACUGCCAGCUUCCUGCAGCCCCCUCAAUGGCCCACCUGCUGCGAUAUGAGCAAUCCUCGGACUAUCUCCACUUCCUGGCAUCGUCUCUUCUCUCUCAGUCGCCUUCCAGAGUGACUACUACCCACACUCUGUUGGUAAUCCUCGCGGUCAACUACAAGUUCCAUCUCCACGAUGGGACACAUACUCCUGAUGAGCUCAGAGUGACAAUGCGGCUGCUAGUGCGUGACCAUAAUGCUAGGAGGUAUCUCUCUUGCCAAGGUCUGGCGUAUCUCCUCAAAGCUGCAGCAUGCGAUGUAGAGAUCGGCCUUGAAGACAUAUGGAUUGAAGAUCUCCUACGUGUUAUGACCGAGACUGUGGAUGACGUUGAAGGAUGUGGUUCAGUAUUGACUGCCGCCGAUCCAGUUGAUCGGGUAGAGUUACUGUGCGAGAUCGCUAGGCUGUGUAGAACGAUGGCCCGAAAAUGGGUCGACACGGAAGGUGUUGGCAAGUAUCCAAGUGUGUCUCCUGAAUCCAUCCUACAUGUCACUUUGAAGGCAUUCGCGAGAUUCCACCGGGACCUCGAUCUCCCAGGCAGAUUGUCUGGUGGGAGCUACUCACUCAUGCAGGCUAACCUGUUGCGAGAGCUUCUAUUUACGUUGCAGACGCUUAUGGUUCACUGCAAGGAGAGCGGACGGCGAGUUGAGUGGACUCGGAUUGAUUGCCUCUGGCUCCAGACUGUUCUGCAGAUCGCCCAAAGAAAUCUUUUCGAUUGUGGGAACUCAUACAUACCGGCCGAGCUGGUCAGGGUUAUCUAUGUAGUUAUUGUAUGCGGCUUCCAAUUCACCGACAGACAUUUCCCUGAGCUCCUCGGAGAAUACGCUUAUGACUUCAGCUCUGGUACCGAGGACGCCGAGACAAAAGAGCUCGCUAGUGUGUCCAAUGCUGUGCUCACAACAACGUCGGGCAACCGAAGUACUUCCAUCAUCAGUCGUGCUGUAGCCAAGGUGUUGAACAACGUAGCAGUGUUCAUCCUCCAGCUUCGAGAGAUUGUAGACGAACGUCAAAAGCUCUGGCACUAUAGAACUGUUGCGUCGUGGACUUGCAUGACAAGAGUCGUCGACCAGAUCGUUGCCAACGACGAGUGCGUCGAAUAUAUCCUCAGCUUGUUCAUGACUUCACCCUAUACUGCGAAGGCCUCCUCGAGACAGUCAUGA